AUGUAUCCCGUCAGUGCCUUAGGAGGACCGCAGUUAUCUCACUGGGUGGGCGGUGAUGGCCUGAGCAGCUUCCAUUCCUAUCAGCAGCCAGGUCUACCAUUAACGCCGUCGCCUGAAGCUCACAGAGGAUAUUUCGCCAAUGUUUCGCCUACGUCCUACAGUGGAGUCAGUGCUUUGCCUUACCAUUCCCUUCAGCAGUGCUACGGCCAGCACAACGGCGUCGCGACCCCAAUGCUCUCUCCUCCUCCUGAGAAGCCGGUUACGCCGCCGAAGGAUGUGCAGACGCGUCCCUGGUGGAGCACGAGCGUUUCCACGACACCAACGUCACACAUCCCCCACAGCUUCCGCCAUCCUCAGUAUGCCAGUCCAACGGAUUCCGUUUCGCACCAUCCAAAUGCCAUCGCCUCUGCUCUCCUCAACGCGCAGUCAUCCGUCAGCGUUCGGCGUUGUCGACGAUGCCGUUGCCCCAACUGUCUGAAUGCCCCACGAGACGGUUCAGGUGCCAAGAAGAGGGAGCACGUUUGCCACAUUCCCGGGUGCGGCAAAGUGUACGGCAAAACGUCCCACCUCAAGGCUCACCUCCGGUCCCAUGCCGGAGAGAAGCCCUUCGCGUGCCAGUGGAUCUUCUGCAACAAGGCCUUCACUCGCUCCGACGAACUCCAGCGCCACCUCAGAACGCACACGGGCGAGAAACGUUUCGAGUGCGUCGAGUGCGGCAAACGUUUCAUGCGCUCUGACCAUCUCAACAAACACGUCAAGACCCACGAGAACCGACGCGCCCGUCUUGCUUCUGCUUCUCCUGCCGAAGGUGACGACGUCGACGUGGAACUCUGCGAUGACGCCGUUGAAGACUGUGCGGAGGAACUUCUCUCUGUUACGCUGCCAGACUCUCCCGUGUCUGAAGCAGAACUGCAGGAAGCUGAUAUUGACGUCGAAUUUGCUAGAGAACUCUUAUCUAUGUGGACAGGAUAA